CCGGUCUUUUAUUUUGACGGGAUGUAGUGAAGAGCUUUGAGUUUAAGUGUAUUUGACAAUGGUUUUUCUCAAAUAAAAUGAUGAAAUGCUCAUUAAGCGCUAUCUCAGAGCAACCGUGGAUAUGUUUGUGUUCAUGUCCUCUGAUAACGAGACGGCAAACACUUAAAAAACAAUAAGAGCGCCGCGCAUACUGAAGUAUGUAGUACACGAAACAGCGCAGCUCGUUCACACAGGCAGACACGUUAAACAGACAGAUAUAUUUAUACAGCAGUGUGUUUGCGUUUAAUAUUCAAAGAUCCCGCCUAGACCAUGUCGCAAUUUGAUUUAUUGUACAGCUCUUCUUUCGUUUUAUUCAUCAGUCCAACAAAUCGCGCGUUUUUACCUGACAUCGCUGCGUUAUACUGUACAUUCCAUUUUCAUGACUGGAUUCCGGCAUUCCCUCUCCAUCACGCAUAUCAUACGACCUAAGUUAUAAACGGAACAUACCUGCAUCUACACGGAUGGUGUUCUCGAAUAUAGGUCAACAUGUUUGAUGUGUUUCCUCCUUUUGCAGUUGACUCCGGCGCAGCCCUGUCGCGCCCACAGCGCCCCCUCUCGGCCCGGGCGGCCCACCAUGCCCCGGCCAUGAAGGGCUACCAGGUGAGUCGCAGUCUGUCGCAGCACUCCUCUGGGCCUUGCUACUGCAUGCCUGAGGACUGCGACACUGCACGGGACUACAUGCACCACCCCGACCACUACCAGGGGCACAAUGACCACCCCUACUAUCCACCUGGUGGGCCCCCUGAACACCUGGCCAUGGUCCCAUCUGGUGGAGGCACCUUCCCUCGCUCACACCCCAGUCAGCCGCAGCCCUACGACUCCUCGUGUGAAGAGUGUUUAUCCUCAGCAGGGCAUGGCCACGGGGGAAAGAUGCACCGUAUCCCGCCCAACCUUCUGGAUCAGUUCGAGAAACAGGUGCCCUUCCACCCCGAUGGCUUCCACACCCUGCAGUACCAACGCACAGCCAGCGGGGAGCAACGCAGCGAGAGUCCGAGUCGCAUACGGCAUUUGGUGAACUCGGUUCAGCGUCUCUUCGCCAAGUCUCAUUCUCUGGAGACGCCCUCUAAACGAGAGUUUAACGGCACCCGUGGGGGAGAGUAUCGGGACAGGGAUAGGGGGCACCGCAGCGGUGGUGAGGAGAGUGGCGGACAUCAUUAUUCGGGAACACACCAGUCUCGUUCUGCCCGCCGCAACAAGAGCCGAGAACGAAGCAAGAGCGGAGACUCCCGCCAUGAGUCUCGUAGCUCCCGCCACCGCAGCAAAACGGCUGGCUGGUGGAGCUCCGAUGACAACCUGGACAGCGACAGCAGCUUUCUGGUGGGGGCGGGCAGGGGUGGCCGGGGGUAUCCCACUGGACACGAGACUCUGGAUGCUGCCAUCCAGGAGCUUACCUUGAGGAAAGCUAAGGGUCCACCUCCAGGAGAGUGCCUGGCUUGCACCAACAUAGCCAUGGCAGGGGACAGUGGACACUCUCUGAAGAGGAGCACAUGGUCAGCUAUGACGGUCAGUCAGGCUAGAGAGGUCUAUCCAACUUCCCGUGGAGGUGGAGGUGGAGGAGGAGCAGGAAGGGGUGGAGGAGGAUAUGACAAGGCAUUGGUUCCCCUCGAUCCCAAAAUGAAGGAACGAUCACUCCACUAUCUGCAGGUGCCCUCAGAUGACUGGUGUGGUGGUGGUCCAUCCGACAGUGGUGGGGAGAUCCCCUGCAGACGUAUGCGCAGUGGCAGCUACAUCAAGGCCAUGGGGGACGACGACAGCGCUGACUCAGACACCAGCCCCAAAGCCUCACCCAAAUCAGCCCUCAUCGCCCAGAGAGAAGCCUUCCGCCGGUCUGUCAGCAUGGACCAGCGCUCCUCCACCACAUCCAAGUACUCCUGUAAACAAUGUACAGACGUCUACCCGAACAGCCGCACCACGCCUAAAGGCCACGCUCGCUCCCGCAGCUACACACGCUCUCUGACCAGCGCUCAGCUGAGCGACUCUCUGAACCUGUUUGGAGAGAUGGAAUCACAGGCCGUUGAGGCACUGGAUCUACCCGGAUGCUUCCGCACCCGCAGUCACAGCUACGUACGGGCCAUCCAAGCCGGCUGCUCCCAGGACGAUGACUGCCUGUCUGUCUUCUCCAUGUCGGGCCCACAGGGGAGCAUGAAGGGCGAAGCAGUGUUCCCAUACAGGAAAGGACCCCCUCCUCUUCCCCCUCGCAUGUCCAAGCCAAUGAUCUCUGUGACCGCUCAAAGCAGCACUGAGUCCACUCAGGACGCUUACUUCCAGAGUACAGGACAGCCUGUUCUGGUCCGGCCCAGACAGCACAGCAACUCAGUGGACCUGACGGAAAGCAGCGGGGGCCGUACCUCAAGAGGUGGGCAUUACCUUGGCGGGAGCACGACGCGGGUCAGACAGAGCAGCAACUCCGCAGAGAGUCUGAACGGCAGGGCCCUUCAGAGCAUCGGCUACCCUGGUGGACCUGGUCCAAUGAAACCGAAACACAGCAGCUCGGCCGAUAACCUGCUGGAGGGGCCCAGGGGAUCCAGGGACCGGGCUGGAGGCAGCCUGGGAAAAUCGGCCUCGCUGCCCCAGAACAGUAUGUCCCUAGCUAAAGCUCUGACUGGAGGAGAGGAGUUCAAACAGGAAGGACGAGGAAGGAAGUGGAGACCCUCUAUCGCAGUGCAGGUGGACAGCUCAGAGACAUUGUCUGACUCAGACCCUGAAGGCAAAGCGCUGAGAGAGGUGCACUCCAUAGGGGUUCAGGUGGAGGAUGACAAGAGACGAGCCCGUUUCAAACGCUCCAACAGUGUGACAGCGAGUGUCCAGGCUGAUCUUGAGACAGAGGGUUUUGGUGGGCUGACCGUUCCCACUCAAGACAAGGGCCUGCAGUUCGGCUGCUCAUUCCAGCGGCACUCGUCUGAACCGGAAUCAGCCGGUCAGUUUGCAGAGUACCGCACAGUGCACACACAGGGCCAGUGGGCCUACCGUGAGGAUUACCACAGCGGUUACACCACCGAGCCAGGCCCUCCAGAACUGAGGGCCCUGCCCCGCUCUCACUCCCCUCUGCCCCUGGCCCCCGAGCGCGGAGUGGGAGGUUGGAGCGAGGGCCCGCGGAGCCUCCCAGAUUCGGGGCGAGCCUCACCCUGCUUACGGGAUGGAGAGUUCUUCCUCCGGCUCCUGCAGACAGAGGUAGAGAGGAUGGAGGGAUGGUGCCAGAACAUGGAGAGAGAGGCAGAGACGAAUGAACUGCCGGAAGAUGUGCUGGAACUCAUCAGAGGAGCUGUCGGCAGUGCUCAGAUGCUCAUGUCACAAAGAGUCCAGCAGUUCUUCAGGAUGUGCCAACAGAGUGUGGAUCCUUCAUCAUACCCUCAGCCCACCACUCAGGAUCUGGCCAGUUAUUGGGACCUCCUCCAGCUAGCCAUCGAGGACGUCAGAGUGAAGUUUCAGGACCUCCAGCGGCUGAAGGACUCGGGCUGGCGGUUGCCUCCUGAGAAGAAGGAGGACAAGAAGGUUCCACCUCCAUUACCAAAGAAGCCCAUCGGUGGCGUAACGGGCAGCCUGAGAGCCGACAGCACAGCCGAGGCCGGAGGCAUGCUGGUGGUCUCGCGUGGACGUAGCGUCCCCGAACGGGAAAAAUCGCUGGACGUGGGAGAACGGCAGAAGCUGGAGACGCGGCGCAGGCUGCUCCAGACCAAACGCUCCGCCUCUUUCCGCCAGAAUUCUGCCACGGAGAGCGCUGACAGCAUCGAGAUCUACAUCACAGAGGCUCAGACGAGACUCUGAAUCAGUCAGACCCCUCCAGACCCCCGGAAACAACCACUACGGCUCUUCUCUGGCCCUCCGCACAGAUGUUCAGAGAGCGAGUCCAAUCACUCACUUUAGUGUUGAUAGAGAACUAGAGAUGGCCUACUAGUAUGCUGCUGGCGUUUGGAUGUGAGCUUACACAUUUUACUUUGUUUUAUUUUAUUUUUUUUGUUGAGCAAGUGUUAUUAUUCACAGAAAAAGGGCUCAACCAGCACAACCAAGUGUUACAAGAUUGAGACUUUUGUAAGUCCACAAAAUAUAUAAACAUCUUAGGACUGUUUUAAUGAACCACGGCAACACAUACGGGUGCAAUAUCACAUAUUAAAAGGAUCUUAUCUUGUUAUUUUAAAUAAUAGACAUUGUUUUGAUAUAAUCUUGGCUGUGUAUGUGUUUCUUAAUCGAUUCCACAGUGCGGCGGACAUAGCCCCUUUCACUGUGACACAAGCGCACUCUUGUGGCCAGAGUAGAGCAAUGCACCCUGAUGUAAAUUUUGGGCCUGAAACUGAAUGUCUUAGCAGUGCAGUAGUAAAACUCAACAACGUUUGCAGUAAAAAUAAAUGCCUUUUUUUAAAGCCAGUUAUCAAAUUGUCACAGGGAUUGGUCUCCUGUAUAGUGCAAUAUCACUUUGCAAUUGCAUUCAGGCUUCUCGUCAGCCCAGUGAGAAGACACACUCCUUAAAAACAACAAAAACAUUCAAGCUCUGAGGCAACAGCCACGCGUCCUGAAACAGGAUGGUCUACAUCAUAAUACUCUUCAAAAACAGCAGCGGUUGUCCCAGGGGUGCAGAAGACAAUCCUUAAUUUCACACUUGACCUGCACACUGAUAAAUGAACAUUCAGAGGGAAGCGGAAGCAUCUUGUUCAUUUCACCCCUCUGCCUUUUUUGUAACAGAUGAAAAAUGUGAAAUCAAUGUAGCUUCUACAUUUUGCCUGAGUGCUUUAAUUUUAUUCAUUUUAUUAUUUAUUUAUUUUUAAUUAUUUGUUCUUUUUCUGGAGAAAUUAAAGGUGCAAUAUGUAGGAAUUUUGCAGGAAAAUAUUCAAAAACCACUAGGCCAGUGUUAUAUAUUUUGUUGUAACGUUAUAACAUUUUUAACACACUCAAAUGUAUCUAAUAUGAUAAACAGCGCUGUGUUACCUCAUACUCAUGACCGGAAAAGCGGAAGCAGCGCCGGCGACUGCGGCACGAUAAAAGUUCCUCUGCUCACGGCAUGUGUUGCGCAAUCGCUCCAGCGGCCUCGUUCAGCUCCCACAACACUAGGUCCUGCUCUGCUUCAUACUACAGUAACGUUAAUAAUCGCACCCUUGAACAUGAUUUCUGUCCGAGACCUAUCCA